AUGGCUGUUGAUGCUUCGCAAACUCAAAAGGUUGAACCUAAGAAAUCAAUAAAUGCGAAAAAACAUAUCCGUGAUGAACCUAUUAAAUUGAAUAAUUGGUACAAGCAUGUCAAUUGGAUACACGCGCCUUUGCUUACUCUUACGCCGCUUAUCGCGGCGUACGGUCUCUAUACCACCGAGAUCCAACGUAAAACGGCGAUAUGGACUGUCAUAUACUAUUUUUUGACAGGUUUAGGGAUUACAGCAGGUUAUCACAGGUUAUGGUCACAUCGAGCCUAUAAAGUCGCUCGACCGUUCGAAAUAUUUCUCAUUUUUAUAUCUUCUGGAGCCGUGGAGGGUUCAAUUCGAUGGUGGUGCCGACACCAUCGAGCUCACCAUAGAUGGACGGACACCGACUCGGAUCCUUAUAGCGCGCACAAAGGACUUCUCUAUUCCCAUUUUGGAUGGAUGUUGCUAAAGGAAAACCCAAAUAAAUUAGGGAGAUCCGAUAUUUCUGAUUUGAGUGCCGACCCCUUGAAAAUGUUGCAACAUAGGUACUAUGGACUUUUUGCGCUUGGCAUGGGAUUCAUUUUCCCAACUUUGGUGGCUGGUCUUGGUUGGGGUGACUGGAAGGGCGGGUUCUAUUUCGCCGCAGUCGCUCGUCUCGUUUUUGUCCACCAUGCAACAUUCUGUGUCAAUUCAUUGGCUCAUUAUCUUGGUGACACUCCGUUCGAUGACCGUCUCUCACCUCGCGAUCAUUUCAUCACGGCCAUCCUAAGCUUAGGUGAAGGUUAUCAUAACUUUCAUCAUGAAUUUCCAAUGGAUUACCGAAAUGCAAUAAAAAUUUAUCAAUACGAUCCAACAAAAUGGCUUAUUAAGGCCCUCUCAUAUGUUGGAAUUGCCUAUGACUUAAAGAAAUUCUCUGAAAACGAAAUUAAGAAAGGUCAGAUAAUUAUGAGAGAGAAAAAAUUAAACGAAGAGAAAAACAGUUUGGAUUGGGGCACACCGUUGGAUCAAUUGCCUGUAGUCACUUAUGAAGAAUACGAAGAAAAGGCAGUAGAAAAUAACUGGAUUUGUAUCGAAGGUGUCAUCCACGAUGUGACGAACUUCGUAACUGAACAUCCCGGUGGUAAAGCUCUUCUCACCACCUCCUUCGGAAAAGACAUGACCGCUGCAUUUAACGGUGGAGUUUACGAUCAUUCUAAUGCGGCCAGGAAUUUAAUGGCAUCUAUGCGUGUGGGUGUCAUAUCGGGUGGCAUGGAGGUGAUGAGUCGUAAAACAAAACAAAAAUAA